AUGCCUCCCAAGCCGGAGCAGAAAGCGCGCAAGAUCACCCACCCCAGCGCGAGCAUCGUCGUCCUCUCCCCCACAAACCAGGUCCUCCUCCUCCACCGCGUCCGCCACUCCCGCUCCUUCCCCUCCGCCCACGUCUUCCCCGGCGGCAACUUGUCCCCCUUCCACGAAGGGGACGUCCCCGGACCGGACGACCCCCAGCGGCAUGUCGACUCGCUGGCCUACCGCCUGGCCGCCAUCCGCGAGACCUUUGAGGAGAGCGGCAUCCUGCUCGCCAAGCCGAUCGCUGCUGCUGGCAAGGACGAGGCCCUGCUAGACGUGCCGGAGCAGGAGCGCCAGCGGGGGCGCGCGGCCGUGCACGCCGAGACGCUGCGCUUCGAGGAGUGGGUGCGCGGCGUGGGCGGCGCGCCGGAUGUGGACGGGCUGGUGCCCUUUACGCGGUGGGUCACGCCGACCAACAUGCCCAAGCGGUUCACGACGCAGAUGUACCUGUACCUCAUGCCUCUGUCUGCGACCACCUCGGUAGGCACUGGCGGCGGCGAGGAGGUGGUCCAGCACGUCCCUUCUUCCGACGGGGGGCUGGAGCACACCGCCGCGGAAUUCGAGGACGCGGCGGCGUGGCUCGGCCGGGCGCGGCGGAACGAGAUCAUCGUCUUCCCGCCGCAGAUGUAUCUGCUGUCUCUCGUCGCGAGGUUUACCUCCUCAACGGCGACGGACUAUGCGGCGCAGCGGGAGAAGCUGCUCGCGUUCGUCACGCGGCCCGACCCGGCGACGGGCAAGUUCGACGCCAGCGGAAAGACCGGGAAGAUCCCGUGGGGCGAGAAGGUGAUGAGCCCGCGGAUGCUGUUCACCAUGCGCGACGGCAGGCAGGCGCUGGCUGUCGACGGUCCCGGGCCGGAGCUCAAGAGCAGCGGGAGGGGAGGCGACGGGAGCAGGAUCGUGCUCGUGCGGUUCAAGAAGGAAGGGCCGCGGGAUGUGGAGAUCAGGGGCAGGGCGGAGGUGAUGGAGGCUUAUAGGGCUGAGCAGGCGGAGGAGGAAGGGGAGAAGGGGGCGAAGCUCUAG